AUGUCGCCCAUGGAAUCCGCCGCACGAGGAGAGCGCUUGGAGAUCUCGAGAGUGAGCGAAGAAGACGACAGCAAUCCUGUCCGAGGCGCGCGCAGUACCACGACUUACGCGCGUCUAUUCAAACUUGGAAGAUGGAGGAGAAUUGUUGGCCUCGUGCUACUGGGCGUCACCAUCUUCCUGUGGACUGCUAGUAACUUUCUCGCCAGUGUACGUGCUCACUGCGUGCCUUCAUGCCUCUCACACCAUUCGCUGACUUCCUCGCAGACCAUCUUCGCUGAUAAUACCUAUUCGAAGCCCUUCCUCGUAACAUACAUCAACACCUCUUUCUUCAUCCUACCCCUCGUUCCCAUCCUGCUCAACAAAGCCUUUCGCAAUCCUGACGAAUUGAAGAGAUGGAGAAAUGAGAUCCAGAGCCGUUUGACCAGACAGUACGCACCUCUCAAGCAGGACGAGACUGACUCAUCUACCUUCCAUGAGAGUCCGCUCAUCUCCGGGAGGCGGAUUUCUGUGUCUCCGCUUCCCCAGGUAAUGCUUGGAGACGCUCUGGAGAGGAGCCAAGAGCUGUCUGUCAAGCCCGCGGAAACGGAUACAACCCCGCUCACGUUGGCUGAAACCGUCACGCUCAGCAUGGAGUUUUGCAUGUUGUGGUUCUGUGCCAACUACUUUGUCGCCGCGUGCUUACAAUACACGACCGUCGCCUCCUCCACCAUCUUGACGAGCACAAGCAGUGUCUUCACACUGCUAUUUGGCUCCAUUUUCAAGGUGGAGAGAUUCACCCUGCGCAAAUUGAUCGGAGUCUUGGCAUCCUUGGCGGGCAUCAUUCUAAUCUCGAGCAUCGAUCUGUCCGGAAGAAGCAACGACGAGGAGCAUCGUGGUGACUUUCCCGAGAAGUCUCCAAAGGAGAUCGCGAUCGGUGAUUUUAUGGCUUUCCUAUCCGCCGUCUUCUACGGUCUCUAUGCCGUGUUCAUGAAGAAGCGUAUACCCGAUGAGACUCGCGUCGACAUGCCCGUCUUCUUUGGGCUUGUGGGCGUGAUAAACGUGCUAAUUCUCUGGCCUGGGUUUAUUCUGCUGCACGUCACUGGAAUCGAAACGUUGGAAUUGCCGCCAUCUGGACGGGUUCUCGCGGUGAUCUUGGGCAACUCUGUCAGCAGCUUGAUCGGGGACAUGACCUGGGCCUACGCUGUGCUCUUGACAUCUCCGAUCGUUGUGACGGUAGGCCUAAGCAUAACCAUUCCUUUGUCACUCGUGGGACAGAUCGUUUUGAACGACCAGACCGCCGGACCAUGGUAUUGGCUGGGGGCGUGCAUCGUGGUCCUUUCAUUUGUCUUCGUCAAUCACGAGGAAAAGCAAGACGAAGAAGCGCCUCCUUCUCUGCGAAGUGACGAUGUUGGUGCUGUCGAACGACAGAGCUCUUUGCCGUGA